AUUCUGGCUACUCUCAAACAGCAAGCAGCAGUAAGUUUAUUGGCUACUGCAGCUUAGAAGUACUAACCUCGUUGCCUAGCUCUCGCUGCCAAGUGCCAAGCUCUCAAACUAGUGCGCACCAUGGCGUGGCAAUUGCAGCAAACAAUGGCCACGAUGAGUACAUGCUUUCCGACGUCCUCGCCGGCAACGGUGCGCUGUGCCGCGGCGGCUCGGCGGUCUGCCAACUACGCUCCCAGCUCCUGGGAUUACGACUCCCUCCUCCAGCUCUCGCCCAACAAUGGCGGACAGGCAGAUCAAAUGAUGUCACAGGUCGAUAAGUUGAAGGCUGGCGUGAGGGAGCGGCUGGUGGCGGCGAGCCGAGGCGACCACCAAGCUGCGAAGCUCGGGCUUGUCGACACGGUGCAACGGCUCGGCAUCGCCUACCAUUUUGAGGAGGAGAUCGCCGGUAUCCUCAGCUCCGUCCACCACAAGCGUCACCGGUGCAACUGGGCCAGCGACCCCAGUGAUGUUGCUUCCGCGGCCUUGAGGUUCAGGUUGCUCAGGGAGAGUGGUUUCCC